AUGGUUAACUCUUUUCCUUAUAUCAUGAUGAAGUAUGAAGAACGAUUCUUGGGUAUCAAAGAGUACCUUUACCCCUUUGAUGCCUGGUAUCCAUUCGAUAAAAUCAAUUUUUAUGGCGGAGCAUACGUUUGGGAAAGUUGUAUGACUACUUUGGUUGUGUUUGUAUAUGCGUUUACUAAUAUGCUCAAUGCAACAUUGAUUAUCUUGACCUGCAUGGAACUAAAGAUACUUGGUAAUUGUAUUGAGGAAAUACUGAGUUCAGAUGAUGUUGAGAUGAUUAAGCUAGGAAUAGACGUCGUUAACAUACAAAACAGAGCUACUAUAAAAUUGAAAGCUUUGAUAGCAAGGCAUGAGGAUUUAGCCAAGCGAGUCGCUGCACUAGAUACUGUUUUGGGAAUAGCUAUGCUCCUAAAUUACUCUUUAGGGGCUGUUUUCAUUUGUCUAACAGCCUUUACGUCAAGUAGCGAGAAUUUAACGGAAUCAAUUUAUUCAUCGGAUUGGCUCUACGCCAGCCCUGAGAUGAAGAAGAUAAUGUUGAUGCUCAUGAUGCGAACCCAAAAGCCGUUGGAGCUCACGGGAAAUGGGUUCAUUAUUAUGAAUAUGGAUACAUUUAGCAGGCAAAUGGGGGGAACAGUCCGUCAGAUAAAAGUAUUUGAAAAUGUUUGCAAACGAAAUGAGCCUGCGAACCAAUUAGAACCACCAGGAGCACACUACUAUGACUCAUUAGAACCUUCAACAGCUGCUGGAUCUAAUGGAAAUGGUCAGUCAACAGCUAAUGCAGCUGCGCAAGCAACUACAACAACGAACAGACGCAAAAGGAAAAGGAAACCCAUCAUACCGAACAAUGAAAACGCAAGCAUUGGCUCGAAAAAUUCACCCGCUUCAUCAAAUACUACAGGCGCAGCAAAAAGUAAAAACCAAACAGAACCUAAAACCGGUGAAUCACAAAAACCAAUAAAGGGCACUCCUAAAGAAAAGUCAUCAAACAAAACAAAGAGCCAAGAAAAGGAUGAUCAAUCACAGCCAUCAAAAAACACUUCAGAACCUGAAAGUAAAUCAAAUGGGCAAAUAAAUUCUAAAAGUAAAAAUGCUACGCAGCCCAAGUCAUCGCAGCAACAAAAUACUGGAAAUAAAACGGAGGCUGGAAGUAGUACAGAUAAAAACAAUAAGGAAAAAGAAUCUUCCAAGCCAAUUGGUGCAGAGAAAUCAACAAAAGAUAAAUCUAAACAAAAAGAAAAUGAUAACGAUACAUCCGAAAGUGAUGAAUCAAAUGAAAGUAAUGGCGAUCAAAGCAAAAAGAAAAAGAGCAAAAAUACGAAAAGCAACGAAGAAACAGAUGAUGACCUCGAUACAUCUACUAGUGACAAAACGGAUUCCAAAAACAAUAAAAAAAAUACAGAAGAAUCUAGUGAGGAAAAUUCAGAUAAAGAAAAAAAAUCGAAACCAGCCAGGAAAAAUAGGAAGCAUAAACAAUCUAAAAAACCAGCGUCUUCAGAAGAUAGUGCACAAUCCAGUGAUGAAGACAAUACAAGAAAACGAUCGCGUAAUAAGGAAAAGAGGCGAAACCCUUCACAGACUAGACAUCAUGGACGGAACAGAUCGAGUCGGUCAAUUAAUGAGGACACACAAAACGAUGACGACUGCGAAGAUAAAAUUGUUGACGACUUUAUUCAAUAUGAAAACCAAAAUUCUAACAGUCACGAAGAAAAGCCUUGUGAGGAUAAGGUAUUAGACAAGUUGGAAUAUUUAACAAAUCUUAGCGAUGAUAGCAGUUCUGCGGAAUCUGAUAGCUCUGAUGAGUCGGGUUCCCCAAGUAAUCCUAGAAAACACCAGAAGCCCAAGCCGGGUAAGUCUGGAAAACCGGGCAAACACAAUCAACCCAGCGAGGAAAGUAGUUCUGAGGAACCAGAUAGCUCUGACGAAUCGGGUUCACCUAGCAGGCCUGGUAACCAUCAGAAGCCCAAGCCGGGUAAGUCUGGAAAACCAGGCAAAAACAACCGACCUAGCGAGGAAAGUAGUUCUGAGGAACCAGAUAGCUCUGAUGAAUCGGGGUUCACCUAG